AUGACAGUAACGGUAACAGAUAAAAAACCAUACCCCACCUCAAUUGAAGCGGAAAAGACACGCUUAACCACUGCAUGGAAUCCUGAAGACCAAGUUCCCGAAUAUGUCAAAAACGAACUCUCCAAAUCUCAUCCAAACUUUAUUCUGGCGUUUUUGAACGUUGUACAACAACUAAAAAUUCAAAAAAGGACUGGUUACCUUGAUCUUGGCAUUACUGAAUGUGAGAGCAUCUCAGAUCACAUGUAUAGAUUGGGAAUAAUUACCAUGCUCAUCAAGGAUCCGAGAGUUAACCGCGAUAAGUGUGUCCGGAUCGCUCUAGUACACGAUAUUGCCGAAUCCUUGGUAGGCGAUAUCACUCCAGUCGACCCCAUUGGGAAGGAAGAAAAACAUCGUCGGGAAUGGGAAACUAUAAAGUACUUGUGUGACGUCCUGGUCAAGCCAUACAAUGAGAUCACAGCUAGCGAAAUAAUGGAAGAUUGGUUGGCCUAUGAAAACGUCACUUCACUGGAAGCUCGCUACGUAAAAGAUAUUGACAAGUACGAAAUGCUGGUACAAUGUUUCGAAUACGAAAGACAGUACAAGGGAACGAAAAAUUUUGAUGACUUCUUCGGCGCUGUAACCAGCAUAAAAACUGGCGAAGUAAUGAGCUGGACCAAUGAUCUUGUCAUACAACGCCAAAACUUCUUUGCCACUUUAGCUCAAUCAACAAAUAUAUAG